UCCUUCCUGUCAGCAAAAUCAGAUCACCCGCCACCAUGGCGAACACAACGUCAAGUUCGACAGCGCCAGCAUCCAUAGCAGAGGACUGGAAUUCUCGUGGGCUGCCGCACGCCGCAGUGGGCGCCAUACACGGCGCUGCACUGAACGCAGCUUUUUUGUCCUUUGACGUAUGCCUUGCUGCUACCUAUGUCCUACUCUCCAAGCCCAGCGAGCGCCGCUCCACCCUUUUUCGACUGCAUCUUCUCUCCUUCAUCUGCGCAGGCGCUUUCUUCAUCAUUCAGAUAGCGCUUCAGCCCCAGAUUGUGUUCUUGUACGCAACACAAACACCAAACGGCAUAUUCGAUGUUGGCGCAUCGUUGACUAUGUGCAGAUGGCUCAUUGCCUCUGAUUUUUUUUCCGUAUUUGGUCCCUUGGUGGCCGACUCAACUCUCUUCUUUAAGCUCAGCGCAAUGUACCCGUCGUGGACUGCAUCACGCACGAAGCGACUUUUCGUGCUGGGGCCCUUUCUUACCGCUCUCAUAACUCGGCUCAUUCUGUACACCUUACUGGUGUGGCAAGACAUUUCGGGAACAGAUGCCUACAUCAAGAGCGGCGGUUCAAUUUUUUUUAAUGCUGGGAAGGUCGUUUUCCAAAGUAUCCUCAUAAUCAUCGAUUUUAGCUUGCAGAUCUUAUCCUGCAGCUACGUUUCAGCCUUGAUCCUUCUUCGCGCUUAUCGGUACAGAAAGCAGAUGCGCGCCAAAAUCCAACGCAAAGGUCUCGCAGACAACGAAAAAAACUUGCGGCACAAGCUGAACCUCUUUGUCGAGUCGAUUCUGAUGGGCUUCGUGCCUCCACUUCUGUGCCAAGUCCUAUACCUAGCAACCUUUCACUCGAGCGUCAUCACGAUACAGGCAAUUUCGACAUACACCGGCACUGCGAACGUCUUCCUGUCCGCCUUCUUUGCCGUUCUCGCCACCACAUGGUCUACUGUGCGCGACGUUGUGCCCCGCCGUUUCUCGUCACCACAAGACCAUCCAACUUUGCCCCAUGAAGAACAAACAGGCCCCAACAGGAUGAAGACGGAAAAGUCCAUCCUUAGCAACUUUCUUGAACGUGCCGGCGGCGACGGCGAUGACGAGGAAGACAUUGAGUUUGUUGACAGAACCCAGUCAUCACCAGACGAGGAGAAGUCGACGCCUGCAUUGCCUCUAAAGGGCACCUCGGAAUGGCGCACGCACCUGUCUCGCCAGUUGGGAUCCAAGCAGCAGCGUCCUCCCACGUAAAUAACAUCUCUAAGCCCUGUAUCCUAUCAUCAAGUGCCACUGGAAAUGAUCAAACUAAAACAAGGAUAAGGACAGGAG